AUGGCAGAAUCCGUAGAGGAGUAUCUAGCAGUCCUUAAGGUUGCGUACGACUACGAGCCACAAUCCGAGGAUGAGGUUGCUAUUAAGGAGAACCAGAUCGUCUUUCUGCUCGAGAAGACGGAUGACGACUGGUGGAAGGUGAGGUCCAGAAGUGACUCGCAGAGUGGGGAGGCACCUUCAGGACUUGUUCCAGCCGCCUAUGUUGAACCGGCACCCCACACUUUCGUCGUCAAAGCCUUGUAUGACUACGAUGCAUCAGCGCCAGGUGAACUCAGUAUUAAGGAGGACGAACAUCUCCUGGUUUUCGAUCGCGAGGACGACUGGAUUCUAGUACAGAGUCAGAAAGAAGGCGGAAGAGCUGGUUUCGUUCCGGGAAAUUACGUAGAAGAGUACUCCGGCGAGGAGCAAGAACCACCGUCUCGAACGUCCGCCGACUCAGUUUCCAGCCGUCCCGCGAGCGUAUACGUUGAUCCAGCAGAUCUUGUUGCGCAGACUUCCGUUAAAGCGCAAGCGGACGACAUCAAGACAUGGGCAGUCUCCGAGGUGGAUGGUAAGGGGAAGAAAAAGAAAGGUACUCUUGGCAUCGGAAAUGGGUCGAUCUUUUUCGCUAGCGAGUCAGAUAAGACGCCCGUACGACAAUGGAAAACUGCGGACGUCGAAGAUGUUACAAUUGAGAAACAGAAACAUCUCCUUAUCAACAUCGGAGGUGUCGGCCCUACGAGGUUACAUUUCGCAGUUGGCAGUAAACAAAUUUCCGACGCCAUCAUCGACAAACUGGAGUCGUCUAAAGGCAUCCACACCGCUGCCAUUGCAGAGGGACGUGCUGGUACACUUACCCCCCCGGCACGUAAUGUAGAAACUGCGAGCCCCUCCAAGAAGAAUGGAGUCUCUGUUCGCUUUACGGAUGAAUCCCCUGAGAUUAUCCCUCCUCGGGAAUCGUCGGAAGAAGGCGAAGAAGAAAUCGCAGAAGGCGAGAGUGCUAUUGAAGAAGGCGACGUUACCGGCGAACUUGCGGUCGUGCUGUACGAUUUUCAAGGUACCAGCGUCGACGAGCUAUCUGCUCAAGAAGGGGAGCAGCUCUGGAUCAUUGAAAAAGAAGGUGCAGAAUGGUGGAAGUGCAGGAAUGAAGAAGGACUUGAAGGAGUGGUACCUGCAUCUUACCUUGAGGAAGCUCGUCCUCGAGUAGAGCCAGAGGAACGCGAUCAUGAACCUCUAGCCAAAGAGACUCAGAAGCGCCUUGAGUCAGAACAUAGGAAGGCAUCGCGGGCGAGGGUUGAAGAAGAACAACGUAGAGCUGCUGCAGCAGAGACAAAGCGGGAAGCGGAAGCGGACAAGAAACGCCGAGAGAUGGAGGUCACAGCAGCUGAGUUUCAGAGAAAGCGACGGCAGGAAGCUGCAAGGCAUGGCCCACCACCGGAAUCCACGCGUACUUGGCAUGAUCGUACGGGGCAAUUCCGUGUCGAUGCGGCACUCCUCGGAUACAGCAAUGGAAAGCUCAGACUUCAUAAAGUCAACGGUGUCAUUAUUGAGGUUCCAUCGGAAAAGAUGUCACUAGAGGACAUACGCUACGUGGAAAAGCUGACGUCGAAGAAGUCCUCCGGUGCUGUGUCACGGUCUGCUGUUGAUGACGACGAUCAACCACUUGCCCUCAAGCGACAAACUGAGGCUGUCAACAGGGCACCAACACAAACGAAGCGGGGACCGCAAGUGGAUUGGUUUGAAUUUUUCUUAUCGGCAGGUUGUGAGGUCGACGACUGCACUCGUUACGCCUCAGCUUUUGAGAGGGAUAAGAUCGACGAAGUUAUACUUCCUGAUAUCACGGAAUCGACUAUGCGUUCACUCGGUCUACGCGAAGGUGAUAUCAUACGUGUAAGCAAGGUCAUUCAACAGAAGUACAAGAAACCAGUUCAAGAACAGAUUUCCCGGGACGAGGAACUUACACGAAAGCUGCAAGAAGAAGAGAACGGCAAGAAGUCGUCUACACCGAGUCCGGCAUCUAACCUCUUCUCUGGUCCCGGAGGGCGACGAGGGAGACCCCAACCUAGCAGGAGUCUUCCUCCAACUAACGUCGAGAUGGGUGCCAUCGGUUCUGCCUCGGAACAAAUUAAACGGACGGGAUCACCUCUAGUCACAACCAACAGCCCUACUCUUGUGGCUCCCGAGAGACCAGGCUCCGCGGCGACACCAGCAAACUCGGGUUUCGACGAUGAUGCAUGGACAAACCGUCCGGGUGCUAAAUCAUCUGCUUCUGCGACUGCACCACCGACGGCAGCACGCGCGCCAUCUGCUCCCCCAACAACACAACCACUUACUACCGCGCCAUCACCACCCGCUUCUGCCCUUGAGGCUCGAUCCCAAGAGAGUCAAUUGAAGACUGAACGUGCAGUCCCUUCACCAAGCCCGGCACAGGCUACGGCUGCCACUGCCGCUCCCUUGCCGCCACACGGUUACAGUAGUGGUCUAGGCGUGGGUUCAUCACCACUUCCGCUCUCACAGCAUCUUCAGAAUCAACAGUCAGGGGUAUAUACCCCUCAACGGGAUAGUCCCCGCGGCCCCUUCGCACCCGUCCCUGCAAACCAGGGUUUGUUGCAGCCUCUGAUUCCAACAACGACCGGGUUCAAUAGCUUUGUUCCUACCCGUGCUGCAAGCGUGCCCGCACAACCAUCACUUCACCCACAAAUCACAGGAUUCCCUGGGCCUUCCCAACCCCUGGUGUCGCAAAUGACAAGUUUUCCGGCUUCGGGUCCCAUAAUCACACAACCUACCGGCGCCCCUGCGGGCGCUUUUAGCACAUUCACGGUCUUCUGUCACUCACAUGCACCCCCAAGAUUUAACAGUGUGAUGUCGACACCACCUCCCGCAGCUACCAUGGCUUAUUCUCAGCCACCAAAUAGUUCCAAUCCUAGUACCUCGCCCGCUAAUAUAUUUGCUCAGAUGAAGUCCGGCACCUUUGCCACGGACAGUGAUCACUCUGCGCCUCAGCAGCCCGAGAAAUAUGAUUCGCUACGGGUCAAUGCCCACGCGAACUUCGUACCACAGCCCACAGGUUGGGGCUACCAGCCAACAAAUGGGUAUGCAGGAGGCUACAUGGGAUACUAG